CAGUCGCUGCCGGUUGCUCUGGUAUGGCCCAGAAUGGCCGGUGCGAGGCUGGACUUUGGCUUGCUCUUGAAGCCCCUGCGCUUCAUUAAGGUCCUCCAGUGGAUUUUUGACGUCUUUGCUUUUGCCACAUGUGGAGGCUUUCAAGGUGGAACUACUCUUCUAGUUUCCUGCCAUGGCAUGGUAAACAAAACAGUUACAGCCGCUUUUGCUUAUCCUUUCAGGUAAUUGUAUACUGUUGUAUUUAGUGCACCAGACCCAAAUUUCUGUGGUGGUACUUGGACUGAUGUUUAUCUUGAAGGCAACUUCUCAUCUUCUGCACAGUUCUUCAUUACUACACUUGCAGUGUUGGUAUUCCUCUACAGCAUUGCAGCUCUUGUGGUAUAUAUUAGAUAUAAGCAUGUGUAAGACCAAAAGGGGAGGUUUCCACUAACGGACUUGGUUAUCGCUGUCAUAACAGCCUUUUUGUGGCUAGUCAGUACUUUUACUUGGGCAAAGAUGCUUGCUGACAUCAAAAUGUACGCAGGGGCCAGCAUUAUUCUAGGAAUUGAAUCUUGCAAAACACCAGGAACAACUUGUCAUUUUGCUGCUGUGACCAGCAUGGGAGCUCUGAAUAUGUCUGUGGUAUUUGGCUUGAUUAAUAUGAUUUUAAGGGAAGGAAAUAUUUGAUUUCUAUACAAGGACACCAACCUGCACAACCAGCCAAACAGAAUUUCUCUAAGUCCAGCAAUACAUCAUAUUCAAAGAGGAGCAUAGAAACAAGGUGAUACUUUGAAGUGCUUCCAGAUUUACAUCACACUGCCAAGAGCAUGGAGCCAUUAGGAUUUAUGUCAAGAAUAACUAAUGAUAUUUUGUAAAAACUUGUUUUGUAUUAUGGCUUGACAUAAGGUCUGAGAUACUCCAAUUGAAGUGUUAUCUUGAAAUGUAUUAUACCUUUCAAAGUUGUGCAGCCUUUUAUUGCAGUUUUUGAAGAGAAAAAAAAAAUGAGGUUAUCUGGAUGCUGGCCCUUUCAGAUUCUUAAAUUAGCCAUGUAGGAGGGACGGGUGAGAUGCAAGUGCAUUUGGGUUAUUAAUGCAACUUCUUUAGUUCUAACAAGCCUUAGCUGAAAAAUGAAAUGUAAUUGCAACUAGGGCAUGUGAAAAUGCAGUUCAAGUUCUUCCUAUUGCUGAUAUAUCAAAAGCUGUCCGAGUAGAACUUGUAGCUCUGUCAGAGUUGUAACCACCACAUGUAGUUUUCCAGAUAUUCCAUUCAGAUUACUGUGUCUAAUCUGACAGAACUAUCUGUAAGAACAUUACUUCUGUGUUUAAUAUGUCAUUACUAUUUAAUGGCUCAGGACAAUCUGAACAAGAAAUCUUAGAGUUUCACUAUAAAAUUGUUAAAGAGUGCAUAUAUGUGUGCAAUAGAUAACUUAGACUCUUACUGAUACUGUAGAAAUCAAAGCUAAUAUAUUCCAACUAGUAGUGGCUGGGCUCUGAAUUCUUUUUGAGGUGUAUGAGCAAUGCUUGUGUGUGAAAGGACAUAACUGGAGAUAUAUGAAUAUGACCAAGUUGUCAGUGAUAUUAUUCAGCUUAUUCCCUGGGAGCAAUAUUUGGUACUUCUCAUGUGGACUUCUUUAUUAUGAUAUAUGACCCUGUGAAUUGCCCAGAAAAAAAUGUGUGUUUUGACAAAUCUAAUAAAUGAGCUGUUCAGUUUCUUGGUUUGUUUAGACUGUUUGUGAUUAAAAUAGACAUAGUGUGUGUGUGUGCGUAAUGCAAAUCCUAAUUGUCUUGUGUCCCCAAGCUACUGAUUGCCUGAUAGUAACCUUCCAGUCCAAAGACUGUCAGAAAAUAAGUAUGACUUGCUGAAAGAA